CUUUAACAGCAUGUCAGAGCCUGUGGGAUGGAGUUACAGCGCAUUGCUUUCCUUCUGGAUGCUGCUCUGAGCACCUUUAAUGAAGACCGCCGCAUCUGUCCAAACUCCACAAGAGCCCCGAGUGUCCAACAGACACCCCAAGCGCAAAACAACUCUGCUAAAAGUAAACUUCACCUCCAGGACACCCCAAAACAGACCUCCACACAGCCAAACUAUGAAGCUCCAGUGCGUUUCUCUCCUCAUCUGCGCUCUGCUCAUUGGCGAGUGCUGCGGGUCUCGCGUGGACCGCUGGGUCAGAACUGGACUUCAGUACCUGAAGCUCAACUUGUGCCGGAGGGUCUCUUUGCCGGAGAGCGAGUGUAAGAAGAUGUCCCACCUGCACUUAAGCGGGGUGGUCGUGUACGUGUCCGAGUCCGGUUCAGGGAAGGUGCUGGCGAUCCUGCCGGAUUCUUACUCGAGCGGCGCGCUGCAGUCCAAACACAGUGGGUUCUCGGUAGAUCCGAGCGCGGAUGAGGAGAGCCGGACCAACGAGGAGCUGUACCCCGGAGCCAGCGCGCAUGACGCCGUGCUGCUGCUCGACCCCAGUCCCGGAGAGAGUUUCGGACACCCGGUGGUUCUGUUCUACGUGGACUUCAACGUAACCAAGAAGAAAUGCGCUCACAUGGACGGCAUUUAUCUGGGAGAGGAGUGCUUGACGAUGGCUGUGAAAACGCGCUGUCAGAACCAGCUGAAGCGGAGGAGGAGCCGCAGUGACCGUAUGGCGAGCCGCUUGAGGGCCCGCAGGAGUCCGGUGGGCAGGACGGCCCGCAUGGAGCACAGCAGUGGCCUCUGCGAGAUUCACUUUCUCCCUCUGGUUGUUGGAGUGAAAGAUACCAACCGAACCCAACGACUGCGCUGUGUAGAUCAUCCAGACUUUGCCAGAUGCCCACAGCCUUUGCCUCUGACCAGCCCCAGUGUGCCCAUCUCCAGCUGUGAGCUCAAUAAAAACACCCGCCGGUGCCAUCAGCAACGUCUGGCCACACACCUGUCCUGCCGCCUCUACCAGACCUGUGAUCACGCCGUGCUCCUGUCAGGUGGCUGGCAGGAGCAGAUAACAUACCAGCGGCACGCGCACAACCUGCAGCUCUUCUACCAGAUGCUGAGGAACAACGGCUUCCAUAAGGACCAUGUUAAGACUUUCUUUGCUGGGAACGGACAGGUAGCAGUUAAAGAGACGGAGGGCAUGUAUCCAGCCACAGAGAAGGAGGUGAUCAGGAACCACAUCUCCUACAUCUGCCGCAAGCAACACUGUGUGGAUUCCCUGGUUCUAUAUCUGAACAGCCCCACACGCAAUGACGGCACCAUGCUGCUCUGGGACCGCAACAACAACGGCAUUGCAGAUCUGAAGGAGCGUUACUCUGUGGGCGAACUGCUGGCGGAUCUGGCCGGGUGCAAGGCCAGUCGAGUGCUGCUGUUUGUGGAGCAGAGCUACAGUGGGGCGCUCAGCAAGAGGCUGAUGGGAUCUCUCAAACACGUCAAUGUUGUGCUGCUGAACGGCCUGCCCUGGGUGCAAACCGCUGAGUUCUGGGCUUCUCUGCACCCGGCCCAAUGCCUCAUAGACCACCUCAGUAAGAGUCCAGUGCCGUCCCGAUUGGGUGAUGCAGCUCUGGGUCUGCUGAACGUGACUCUGGCCGGGGCUCCAUGCAACUCCACCCCGGCCCUCACCGAGGCUGAAAUGAGGAAGGAGUACAUGGGAUGCCAGAACCUGCCUACCGCCCUGUGGUACCAAAAAAGGCCAAAGUCUGACAUCAGCAGGAAUUGAGCGAACCGACCACCUCAAGGACUUUCAAAAAUCUAAAAACCGCCUCCAAUAUGCAAUUCGGACACUCCAAUGGACUACCGCCAUUAAAAACAAAACCCAACAAGUAGUCCUAAAAAAUGACUUUAUGUAAUGCACAAACUUCAAAAUCCGCCACCAGCCCUUUCCUCUCACCAACACACACACACACACACCCCCACACACGUAAAAAUCUACCUGUGUGUACGUGUGUGCACUUAAUUCACCCGGUGAUGCACAUAGACCCUGACAAGCUGUUGAGGAACAGAGACUCCAUAAUGUGCGCUUAAGAAGAGGCAGUAAAGCAGGACAGAGAGAGAGAGAGAGAGAGAGAGAGAAAGCGUCUGACAUGUCCUCACUUUGAACCUCAGUUCCCUUGCUUGCCACUCCAUAGAAGGCAUCCCGUUGGGAGCGUCCCAUGCGAAACUUCUCCUCUCUUCGCCUGCCACAGGGGUUCAGCAGAGGGGCAUCCGCGCUCCCUUACCAGAGUGCUCUUCCGUGGGUCACUGCACAGGGCGCAACUGGAACUGAACAAUGGUGACAAGGCCACUCAGAAACACACCUCACACUCACUUGAACAUUUCAGGACAAAUCUCCUUGCUCAGUAAGGGGACAAGGCGGUCCAGCAUGAUUUAGUCAUGAGAAAUGUUUCCUUCACCACGUCUGGACCCGAGCAGACGCUGAGCUCUGCAAGCAUAUAUUUAAGUCCGACCUCUUCUUCCACGCUGUGCUAACCGCUCCAUCCGCAGUAUUCUCUUAUCUCCGCAAACAUUUAAAUGUCUGCCGCUGAUAAUGUUGACAGUGACGAGAAGGUAUUUCAGGCUCCUUUGGGAAUUCAUACACAUUCUUUAGAAAUGACAUAUAGUGGGACGAUCGUUUCAUGCAGUGCUUCAACUCUACUUCUAAAAACAAAUGCUUUUCGAAUUGUCUUAUUCUUACCAAGGAUGCAUUUACUUGAACAAAAAGUUAGUAAUACUGUAAAAAAACAACAAAAAAAAAAAA